AUGGCAGAAAGCAAUUGCACCCAAGCGACUGAGUUCAGCUUAACGGAGUUCACAGACAACCUGAUGACUCAGGUCACUCUCUUUCUGAUGUUUCUUGUCACCAUCCUGGGGAACCUUGGGAUGAUUGCAUUAAUCAGGGCCAGCCCUCAGCUCCACUCCCCCAUGUAUUAUUUCCUGGGAAACCUGGCUUUUGUAGACCUCUGUUCUUCCACCAUCAUCACCCCUAAGAUGUUGGUUGACUUUAUAUCAGAGAAGAAGGGCAUUACUUAUGCUGGGUGCGUGGCUCAGGUGUUCAUUUUUGAUCUUUUUGGGAUGACAGAAUGCUUCCUGCUGGCUACGAUGGCGUAUGACCGUUACAUGGCCAUUUGCCAUCCCCUGGUGUAUCCCCUUGUCAUGUCCCCAAAAUGCUGUUUCCGGCUGGUGACUGGGUCAUAUCUCAUGGGGUUGACAAAUGGCAUGGGACAGACUAUCGGCAUGUCCAAUUUAUCCUUCUGUGGCUCCAGCGUCAUCGACCUGUUCUUCUGUGACAUUUCCCCUCUGAUAUCACUCUCGACCUCCGACACCACCCUCAGCCACAUUAUCCUAAGAACUUCGGCAUCUUUAUUUGGUGUGUCCAGCAGCCUGGUUGUCCUGGUCUCCUACGUGGCCAUCAUCUCCACCAUCCUGAGCAUCAGUUCAGCUGAGGGCAAGCGCAAAGCCUUCUCCACCUGUGCCUCCCACCUCACCACUGUGAGCAUCUUCUACGGGACAUCGCUUUUUAUGUACUUAAAGCCCAGCUCAGACAGCUCAAGAAAAGAAGAUAAAUGGACUGCGGUGUUCUACACUGUGGUGACUCCCAUGCUGAACCCCUUGAUCUACAGCCUGAGGAAUAAGGAGGUAAAGGAGGCUUUGAGGAGACUCACAAAAAUAAAGUGA